AUGGUACCUAAUUUAAUAAAAAUUGCCUCAACUUGCUUUUUCUCUACAAGCAGCACCCUUUGUGCGUCCUCGACGAAGGCUGCAAAGGUGCUCAACAAGCUGAUGAAUGGCAAUAAAUCGAAGAAGAAACGAUACUACGAUGAAACAAACGACCAUGGCCCCAAACUUAUGCCGGCCAAAUCACUUGCCAGCAGCAAUCGCCAGGGCAAGGAAUCCAAUCGUCGCAUAGCGGUUUUAAACAAGCUGUUUAUGACAAAUAUCACCGACCUUAUGGCAACUGGAUCGUUUGCCAGCGAUCUCUACGGAUAUGGAAUACAGAUUUCGCGUGUACGUGUAGCUCCUGAUUUUCGAGAGGCAAGCAUCUAUUGGUUUUCAACCAAUCUCAAUAAGGACGUAAAAAUUGACGGUAUCCUAAAGCCGCUCUCAUUUCGCUUACGCCAUGAACUGUCGCAGCUACGACUGAUGGGCGAAGUUCCGCAGCUGACAUUCGUGCAGGAUAAGCGAUACUAUGUGGAAGGUUUGUUGAACAGUUUGCUCAAGCAGGCGGAUUAUGGCGAGGACGGAACGGAAGAAUACGAUCAGGAACAUUCCCAUCCGGGAUGUGAAGAGCAGGGCUUGCGUGAGCCCGAGAUGAAACACGACAUUCUGGGGCUUGAUCAUGCUCAAAUCAUGAAUCGAAUUCGGCAGUCUGUCGACAAAACGAACAAAGCGUGGAAAAUGCACCAAGAAACACAAAAGAAGCGCGAUGAAGCUGCAGUACUGCAGAAGGCAUCCAAAGAUAGUAAAAAAUGA